CCUUGCCUUCGCGUUUGAGUUUGAAGUUGAAUUUGAUCCGCGACUUCGUCUUCACUUCCAUUUCUCCCUGUUAAUUAUUCCCUCUUUCAUUUCCAACUUCACGCGAAGACACCCUAGUAGUGUUCACAUACAGGCAGAGACGACACAGUACCCCGAGAUGCUUCUCUCUGUUCCACGCCUUCUAUAAAUCGCUGCAGGAGGAGCGAUGACGAAGAAAGCCCCACCGCCAAUAGUUGCGCGCCGUGUUAUCUGGUUGAGCUGGAAGCUUGUCCUCUCCCUCUCCCUCGCUCUUUGCGCCCUUGCUCUCCUCAGACUCCACUCUCAGCCCGGCCUCUCUUCUCCCUCUCCAUCUCUCCUCCGUCCUCGAGUUUCUCGCUAUAUCCUCGACCGCCCCUCCAAGAUCGCCUUCCUUUUCCUCGCUCGUACUAACCUCCCUCUCGAUUUUCUCUGGGAUACUUUCUUCGAGAAUGCUGACGUUGCCAACUUCUCGAUCUAUAUUCACUCGGCGCCGGGGUUCGUGUUUGACGACUCAACGGCAAAGUCGCCUUUCUUUCGUGGUCGAGAAUUGAAGAAUAGCAUUCAGGUGUUAUGGGGAGAAUCGAGUAUGAUUGAAGCGGAGAAGUUGUUGCUUAACGCAGCUCUUGAGGAUCCAGCGAAUCAAAGAUUUAUUCUACUCUCUGACAGUUGCGUUCCCCUGUACAACUUUGGCUUCAUAUACAACUAUGUGAUGGCUUCUCCAAGAAGUUUUGUGGACAGCUUUCUUGACAUGAAAGAGGGCCGCUACAACCCGAAGAUGUCACCUGUAAUACCAAAGGAGAAAUGGCGAAAAGGGUCCCAGUGGAUUGCUUUAGUUCGAAGCCAUGCAGAAGUCAUUGUAGAGGACGAGGCUAUUCUUUCAGUAUUUAAGAAAUUCUGCAAGCGACGCCCCCCUGUAGAUGCCAGCAAGGGAAAGCUGAAUAUUAAUCUUCAGAAGCAACAUAACUGUAUUCCAGAUGAACACUAUGUGCAGACAUUGCUUGCGAUGAGUGAUCUUGAAGGUGAACUUGAACGAAGAACAUUGACCUAUACCCUAUGGAAUCAGUCUGCAACAAAAAUGGAGAAGAAAGGCUGGCAUCCGUUUACAUUCAAUUUUGCAAACGCUGGCCCUAAACAAAUCAACGAAAUAAAGGACAUCAACCAUGUGUACUAUGAGACGGAGUUCCGGAUAGAAUGGUGCCGUAGUAAUUCUAUGCUUGUUCCCUGUUUUUUGUUUGCAAGGAAAUUUUCCCAGGGAGCUGCCAUGCGCCUCUUGAGUGAUGGAGUGGUUGGUCACUCUGAUGCUGCUGAACUGCUAGACUCACUCCCAUGAUUCAUGGCUUUCUCACGGUUCUCUAACAAUCAAGUGAUACAUUUAGAGAUUUAAUUUGGGCAGCAAGUUAAUCAUCAAACCCUAAAAAAGAGGCCAGCAAGUGGAAUGCCCACUGAAAGUUUACAGAUACUAUACAUGACACACAGGACAUAUUUUGAUACUCUAGAGACCAAAAGAAUGGUAGCUGCUGCUGAUCAAGUUAGUUCCAGAGAAGACAAGUAGUAGGAUCGAAGAAGUAGUCAAGGGUUUGAGGCCAUCAUGCGCCGAUUCCCACCUGCAGUUUUAACUUGAUUACAUUAUCUUACCACUUUUGAUUCAUUGCAUUCUUUACAAGGAUAGUAAUUUGGAAAAUGUGGAGGCAAGUGCAGGUACAGGCAAAUUUGUUGCAUGGGAACAUGUGUGAAUAAUUUGUCCGA